UCUUAAGACUUGUGCGAAUGCAAGCUAAUGCUCGUCUCCAUGGCAACCAAAAUGUGAUUGAUUUAUUUGUUUGAUUGGUUGUUUUGGAGGGUCUAAAGUUGCGCGCUAUAUUUCUGAUAGGGACUUUGCCUUUUUGACAAGUCUGCUUCAGCCACACUCGCCGUACUUCAAAUGUUAGUAGGUUUCCGCUAAUGAAAAGCCAACUUCCCGUGUAGAGCUUUCACGAUAAAAGCUUGAUCCCGCUCUUCACUAUGUGAUGCUCUUAUUGUGAAGCACUUGUAAGGAAAUCAAACAAUUUUGAAACGAAGGUACCCGCGGGAGUGGCUGUGACUUCCCCGUUAGCCGUUAAGCUAACGAGCCGUGCGUUUCGAAAGUCGAGCACAAAACAUUUGCAAGGUCAAAAUAUUCUUGAAUGAUUCCAGGAGCGCUGAAGAUGACGACCGAGCAAAGGGCCCACCUGAGCGUGAGGAGACGCGCAUGAAGCCGAGUGACAUGAACGCUCGCCUUGAGGACGCCCUGUCCCGCAUCGCCGUGGAGGCACAAGAGAUCCAAGAGCUGGAGCAGCAGUUGACGGAUGGGCAGAUUUUGGCCAAUGAGCUCCUGCAGAAGGACCUGGAGGGGAUCCUCGGUGGACUUCAGGAAUAUCUCAGAGGACUUCGACUUAAGGCCAGUGAGCUGCAGGCUGAGAAUGAAAAUCUUCAGCGCCACCUGGAGGACGCUCAGAGACACCGCAAGAAGCUGGAGGACACAGCCCGGGUUUGUGAUCAGAAGAUGGCGGCCCAGCAGGAGGCGCUGGCGGCGCUGAAGAUGGAGGCCCAGGUGCUGAAAUGGCAGAAGGCGGGGCUGGAGGCGGAGCUGAAGGAGAUGAGGGAGGAGCUAAACCAGCAGCUCACACUGGGACAGGUGAGCCAACGCUCCCAAAACGACACCAUCCAAUAA